GAUACAAAUACAAUGAAAAUCAUGAAAAUGAAAUUGUUUAAUCGUUUAACCAAUGCCUUAGGCCUUCGGAAAAAAGAAGUUAAUAUAUUAGUUGUGGGUCUCAAUAACAGUGGUAAGUCAACGGUCAUUAAUCAUUUUAAACGCGAGGACGACCGUUGCAUAGACAUAGUGCCUACAGUCGGGUUUAAUGUGGAAAAAUUUUCAUUUAAAAAUGUUCACUUUACUGCAUUUGACAUGUCAGGACAUGAUCGCUACCGAUCUCUAUGGGAACACUAUUACAAAGAUUGUCAAGGAAUUAUUUUUAUAAUUGAUAGUAGUGAUAAUUUACGUUUAGUAGUUGUAAAAGAAGAAUUAGAUAUGCUUCUUCAGCAUCCUGAUAUAGCAAGUAGAAAAAUUCCAAUGUUAUUUUUGGCAAAUAAAAUGGACCUGCCGGAUUCUUUAACAACAGUAAAACUUGUUGCUGCACUUGGACUGGAUAGAAUUCACAACAAACCGUGGCACAUUCGAGCAACAAAUGCCGUUACUGGAGAAGGAUUGCAACCAGCCAUUGAAUGGCUUACUGAUCAAAUUCGCGAUAUUUUUAUCAAUAAAAAAAGAUAAUAUUGUUAAUUAUACAGAAACUUAGAGAAUUUUAGGUACAAUUAUUUAUACUGAAUAUAGGUUAUAUUUUUAUUUACACUUUUAAAUCUGAAGUUUUCAUUGUUUACUUGAAAGAGGGCGCUCAAUACGUAUUGUAGUGUUUAAUCCUAUCACUA